CCAAUGAAAACGGAGAAUAUUACACCUUGAAUUGCCUUGCCUUCGUUGAUUGCUUUAAAAUGGUUUCUGCGUGAAUGGCGCUGCGCGUACGAGCAGUGUCUAACAGCUACCAACAGCCUGGAUGAAUGGAACGUGAAGGUCACGGUUUACAACACUGUUAUUAAUUUCGGGCCGUUCGAUCGCGUGGGACGCGAGUGGCCGCGGGCACCUGGGGAGGUUCGCGCACAAUAAGAUAAAUGGCAUAAAGGCCUACAGCUAUGAAGCUGACAGAAGACAUGGUGGUGGCCCGCAGUCGUGGUGCGGAGCUCAAUAGCAUCAGGAAGCUCAACUGCUGGGGCAGCGAAAUAUCUGACGUUUCAGUUGUCAGAAAGCUUCCAAACAUUGAAGUGCUGGCACUCAGUGUAAACAACAUCACCACGUUGGUGGACUUCCAGUACUGUCACAACCUGUCCGAGCUUUACAUACGACAGAACAACAUCACAGAUCUGAAUGAGGUGGUGUACCUGAAGGAGCUGCCCAAGCUGAAGGCGCUCUGGCUGGCGGACAACCCGUGCGCCCAGCGUGAGGGCUACCGGCUGGCGCUGCUGCGCACGCUGCCGCACCUGCAGAAGCUGGACAACACGACCGUCGAGAGCGAGGAGGUGCAGAAGGCCAUGAUCCACGGCGAGGACCUGCUGCACCCGCUGGACGCGCUGGAGAUGCAGCGGCAGCAGCAGCAGCAGCGCCGCUCCGCCGGCGACUCGCGCCGCUCCAGUCACGCCAGCGGCUACGGACACUACCAGCAGCCGCAAUCGUACAACGACGAGCCGGCCAGGUACGAGCCGGCCGCCGAACCGCCGGCCCAGCGGACCCGCUCGCCCGACUACUACCCGUCCGCCGCCCCGGCCCAGCAGCAGAGCUACCAGCAGCCCGCCUACCGCGAGGCCUCGCCACCGUACUACGAGUCGGCGCCGGCGGCCUCGGCGCCGUACUACGACGACAGGUACAAGGCGGCCGCCGCCUGUCCAGUACACCGCUCGCCGGCCGAGGCGCAGCGCAGCAGCUACAGCUACCGCGAGACGUCCGGCUACCGGGACGGCUCGGACAGCGGCUACCGGGACGAGCGGGCCCGCCGCUCGGCCGCUAGUCCCGACCGACAGUACGCGGGCACGACCGCCUCGGACGGCGACGGGUACCGAGGCUCGGAGGCGGCGCCGGUCAGCCGCGCCGAGGCCUACAGCGAGCACAGCUCGCUGCGGCAGUACGAGGUCCGCCCCAAGCGCAAGAGUCCGAACGUGCUGUCGGCCGUGCUGUGUCUGGUCAAAGAGCUGGACCUGCACGGCCUGGAGGUGGUGGACACGGCCGUCCGCUGCCGGAUCCAGGAGCUGGAGGACUGAGCCGGCUGAGCCGGCUCGCCUCGGCCCGCCCCAG